UUCCCCCAGGCUAUUUUUAACAGCUAUCGUAUAUAACGACGAGUUGCUAUGUGAGUUUCAACACAAUUACGACUGUCUACAGUGAUAACAACCCGUGAUUAUGAAUUCCAACAUCACUAAGCUAGCUGUAACUACACCCUCUCCUGUCUGUUACACUGGACAACCAGUCAUGGACUGGCUCUACCUCGUCAAUGGACUUCUUGCAAUGUUCGCCGUGAUUUGCCUCUUCAUGAUUUUGUCAGGAGACAGCGAUAUUUUACUUCAACUGAUGGAAAGAUUUGGUAAAACCCCAGAAUGUUUGACUGAUAAAGUUGUGUGGAUCACCGGGGCAUCCAGCGGGAUCGGGGAAGCGCUUGCUUACGAAAUGGCGCGUGCUCGAUGUCGUCUGGUAUUAUCGGCCAGACGGGAAAAGGAACUUGAACGUGUCAAGUCGGAGUGCAUCCGUAUUGGCGAUCUCAGUCAAGAUGAUGUGUUGGUUUUAAAACUUGACAUAAAGGCGUACUCGGAUCACGAAUCAGCUGUUCAACAAGUAUUAAAAACAUUUCAUAAGAUUGACAUAUUGGUUAAUAACGCGGGCCGUACCAACAAGGGUGAAUGGACCACUACCUCUCUUGCUGUCGACCAGGAGCUACUGGCGGUCAAUGUCCUUGGACCAGUUUCUCUAACACGAGCCGUACUACCCCAUAUGAUGUCAAGGAAUAGGGGACACAUUGUAGUGACUAGCAGUGUGGCUGGCAAACUAGGUGCAGCGUUAUAUGCGGGGUCGUAUUUCGGGUCGAAACAUGCUCUUCAGGGCUGGUUUGAUUCUCUACGACCGGAAGUAUACAGUAGGAAUAUAGCUGUCACUUCCGUUUGUCCAGGACCUAUCUAUACGAACAUUUUACAGGACGCUUUAAAAGAAAAAGAAGGGGAGACUUUACAAGGUAGAAUGGACCCCCAUAAAUCCCGGAUGUCCCCAGCGAGAUGCGCUCGGCUAAUGGCUGUAGCUAUUGCUAACCGUUGUGACGAGGCAUGGAUCUCGACAACGCCAGGCCUGGUCUCACUCUACCUAAAUCAGUACUUCCCCCAUACUUUUAAAUGGUGCGUGAAAAUAUUGUCGUCAAAACUAAUGGCAGACAUUGACAAUGAACUGAAUGAAAAGACUGAGUCACGGACCAAACGGAAUGAUUGAAUACAAAAAUAUGUCGGACAUUAAACCAAAGAAUCGAGAAUUAACUUCAUAACCAAAAUAGCUUUGUUUAUAGCGUCAAUCCUCAUCCUGCAGAAAUGAGCAUUUAUUUCUUUGGCCCUAUCCGAAGCCAUGUUUCGUUUAUAGGGUAAUAAAUGACAUCUGCGUUUGUGUGUUUGACCAACAAUGUGAGGAUAUUUUAUGCUACCUACUUCUGUAGUCCAACCUUUUACAUGGGCGUUUAUUGCCUAGCCUCUCAAUACCGACCGUGCCUCUGUACCUAUUGUACAAAGCACUGCCUUUCCUCGCCAAUCCUUAGGAAUGAGAAAUGAGAGAUAUUAUUCACAAAGAGAUCGUAUCAAAUCCUACCAGCGUAAAUGGCAUUAGCUUUUGAAAAGUGAAAUAUAUCAACGCUGCAACAUGAUCGGGUAUUGUUUAGUUAGAACGUUGAGACGUUAAAGUGCACUGAUGGGCCAUGCUAUGGUAAUGAGAGUUAGUGGCAGACGAUAGAUGGUGGGUUGUAUAAUGACCAAACACACAUGUAUUACUUGUAUAUUGUAUUACAGUUGUUGUGAUAAUGUGUGUGUAUGCAUGUGUAUUGUAUAGGUGAUAUAAACGAGUCAAAGAAUGUAAUAUUUGUGUGCAAUAAAUGAACAAAUAUAAAAAAGUCCCUAUUAAUGACAUUUAUUUUAAUAUUUGAUUGAAGCCUUUGUAUUUAUGCUAUUGUAUUAUUUAUUGGUUGUUUACAUAUCGUACUAUAUUGUUGCGUUUACAAUUCAAUCUAACUGUUGUUAUACUAUUAAUAAAUGUAAUUGAACAUA